UCGGCUAUGGCCUAUGGGUUUCUGCACUCUAUUCUUCACCUUCUCCCAGAAGUACAGUGGAGCAGAGUGCAAGUGCAGGUGCAAAGGAAGUUUUGUCGUAAGCAUUUUGUGGCUUUGAAUUUGAUCCAUAACAACCUCACGCGCUGGCUAUUGAAACUUUAAAGGCGAAAAACGUUGAGGCAUCACAGAAUGGCGAAGGUUGAAAACAGCAUGACCCGGGUGGUGCUGGAGCCGCACGCGCAGUUCGACCUCGCCGCUCACUCACGCGCCAGUUCCAUUCGAUCGCUCGCAAUCGCCACACUCCCCAACCCGAAACGGCACCGUACGACCUUCCUCUACGUCGGCACUCACUCCGGAACCCUCUUUUCGCUCUCCGCGGAUUCCAACGACAACGACGCCGCCCAAAACGACAACGCCGUUCUGCGGAAGCUCUCGUUCCUGCGAAGCGUUUCGGUGAGCGACGCCGCCGUCGAGUCCAUUUCGGUUAUCGAAGAGUUCGGGAAGGUUCUAUUGCUCUCCGAUGGGGCUUUGUUCUUGGUGGACUCGGAGCUCUCGAAUCGCGCGUCCAAAUUGAGUUUCUCCAAGGGCGUGUCGUUGGUCGCGAGGAGAAGGUUCAGGAACGGCGAAUCCGAGGGUCUAGGUUCGGGAUUAGGUUCUGGUUCGGGUCUGGGGUUGUUUCAGAAAUUGGGAGGGGUUAGGGAGGUGCAGAGUGAGGGUGCUUGUGUUUUUGCGCUUGUUGUUGGGAAGAGGUUGAUUCUGGUGGAGCUUGUUUUGGGAAAUAGGAAUGGGAAAAGUGAAAGGGAUGAUGGUGGUGGUGGUGCUCUUGUGGCUUUGAAGGAGAUUCAGUGUGUUGACGGGGUUGUUAGUGCCAUGGUGUGGCUUAAUGAUUCCAUUAUUGUUGGUACUGUGAAUGGGUAUAGUUUGAUAUCCUGUGUUACUGGGCAGAGCAGUGUGAUCUUCUCCUUGCCGGACGUGUCGCGGCCGCCGCGGCUGAAGCUGUUGCACAAAGAGUGGAGGGUGCUGUUGUUGGUGGACAAUGUGGGGGUUAUUGUUGACGCGCAUGGGCAACCGGUGGGGGGGAGUCUGGUGUUCCGUUAUGGGUUGGAUUCCGUAGGAGAGAUUGAUUCCUAUGUGGUGGUUGUGAGUGAUGGGAAGAUUGAGUUGUAUCAUAAGAGGAAUGGUAGCUGUGUUCAGGUGUUGCCGUUCGGCGGGGAAGGGGUUGGGCGAUGUGUUGUUGCCAGCGAGGAAGAUAGGGGUGGGAGACUUGUUGCUGUUGCAACUGCUACUAAGGUAGUGUGCUAUCAGAAAUUACCUUCUGUAGAACAAAUAAAAGGCCUUCUGAGGAAGAAAAACUAUAAGGGAGCAAUAUCCUUGGUGGAGGAACUUGAGUCUGAAGGUGAAAUGUCAAAGGAUUUGCUCUCUUUUGUUCAUGCUCAAGUGGGAUUCCUUUUGCUUUUUGACUUACAUUUUGAAGAAGCAGUGGACCAUUUCUUGCUUUCUGAGACGAUGCAACCUUCUGAAGUAUUCCCAUUUAUAAUGCGAGAUCCAAAUCGCUGGUCCUUACUGGUCCCUAGGAAUCGGUAUUGGGGUUUGCAUCCUCCACCAGCCCCUCUUGAAGAUGUAAUAGACGAUGGCUUGAUGACUAUCCAGAGGGCUUCUUUCCUGAGAAAAGCAGGUGUAGAAACAAUUGUAGAUAAUGAUCUUUUUCUCAACCCAGCAAAUAGAGCUGAUCUAUUGGAGUCAGCAAUCAAGAACAUUAGCAGGUAUUUGGAGGCCUGUCGAGAAAAAGACCUAACGCAAUCAGUUAGGGAGGGAGUUGACACUCUAUUAAUGUAUCUCUAUAGAGCUCUAAAUUGUGUUGAGGAGAUGGAGAGGCUGGCAUCUUCUACAAACUGGUGUGUUGUGGAGGAAUUGGAACAGAUGCUAGAAGAAUCUGGGCACCUACAGACACUUGCUUUCCUAUGUGCAAGUAAAGGAAUGAGCUCAAAAGCUGUACAUAUUUGGCGCAUCCUGGCAAGAAAUUAUUCAUCUGGCCUCUGGAAAGACCCUACUUUGGAGAAUUGUACAGAGGAUAGUGGGGAAAACCUUAUUUCCGGCAGAGCAAUUGCUGCAACUGAAGCUUCAAAAAUUCUUGAGGAAUCAUCGGACCAAGAUUUGAUUCUACAACAUCUAGGAUGGAUUGCAGAUAUCAGCCAGGUUCUUGCAGUCAAAGUCUUAACAUCAGACAAACGAGAGAUCCAGCUUUCUCCUGAUGAAGUUAUUACAACUAUUGAUCCACAGAAGGUAGAAAUUUUACAGAGGUAUCUCCAGUGGUUGAUUGAAGACCAGGAUUGUAAUGAUACACAGUUGCAUACUUUGUAUGGCCUCUCACUUUCCAAAUCAGCUAUUGAAGCCUUUGAAUCUGAAAAUGUCUCUGAAAGUCUUGAUAGUGGAAAUACAGAGACAAGAAGUUUGGAUACUUUGAAGAAAUCAAUCUUUCAGAUUCCUGUUAGGGAAAGAUUGCAGAUAUUUUUGCAAUCCUCAGAUUUGUAUGAUCCAGAAGAAGUUCUUGACUUGAUUGAAGGAUCAGAAUUGUGGUUUGAAAAGGCUAUUCUGUAUAGAAGACUGGGGCAGGAGACUUUGGUCCUCCAAAUUUUGGCUUUGAAACUGGAAGACAGUGAAGCUGCUGAGCAGUAUUGUGCUGAGAUUGGAAGAGCUGAUGCAUACAUGCAGUUGCUUGAAAUGUAUUUGGAUCCACAAGAUGGCAAGGAUCCCAUGUUUACUGCUGCUGUUCGCCUUCUCCAUAAUCAUGGAGAAUCAUUAGAUCCAUUGCAAGUUUUAGAGAAACUGUCUCCAGAUAUGCCGCUUCAACUUGCUUCUGAGACAUUACUAAGAAUGUUCAGGGCCAGAGUUCAUCAUCAUCGUCAAGGACAGAUUGUGCAUAAUUUAUCUCGUGCCGUGGACAUUGAUGCAAGAUUGUCAAGAUUGGAAGAAAGGUCAAGGCAUGUGCAAAUUAAUGAUGAGAGUCUCUGUGAUUCCUGUAAUGCACGCCUUGGUACGAAGCUAUUUGCAAUGUAUCCUGAUGACACCGUAGUAUGUUACAAGUGUUAUCGGCGUCAAGGUGAGUCAGUGUCUGUCUCAGGCCGCAAUUUUAAGGAAGACAUACUAAUUAAACCAGGUUGGCUCGUGAGUCGUUGAUCUUGAAACUAUCAUGUUGCUGUUGCUUAGUUGAAUACGAGGAGUUGCCAUUCCUUAUACUAAAUCUGGAUUCAUUCAAAAUUGGAAAAAAGGAAACGUGUUGAUGAUCGCUCGGGUUAUGUAGUAAUUACCCCACCAUGUUACUGUAAAUAAGUCUCUGCUGAGUUCUCCAUUGUACUCUCCACACCCCCCUUUCGGCAAAUUGCUAUGUAAAUUUGAUGUAAAAUGUAAAAUUUUCCCCAUAAUAAAUUAAUGAGCUCAUUUUUCCGUUCUAGUUCUUACGGGAAUGCACUGCCAUUUGGCUGUUAACAUA